UGUAGCCAGGUCCUUCUCAGUGCGCACGCGCGGAAGUGGGGCCGGGGUGCGGGGCACGUGUCUGUCGAUCAUGGCUCGGGAGAAGCAGCUGGAGCCGGAGCCCGAAGUGGCGCCGGAGCGAUCGUACCAGGGGCUGCUGGGGAACCUGAACCCGAUCGCGCGGCCGCUGGCCUCCCGCAAGCUCACCCGCAAGCUCUACAAGUGCAUCAAGAAAGCGGCGAAACAAAAGCAGAUCCGGCGGGGAGUGAAGGAAGUUCAGAAAUUCAUCAACAAGGGUGAGAAAGGGAUCAUUGUCCUUGCUGGAGACACGCUGCCUAUUGAAGUUUAUUGCCACAUCCCCAUCAUGUGUGAAGACAGGUCCCUCCCCUAUGCUUACAUCCCCUCCAAGUCGGAUCUGGGAGCAGCUGGAGGCUCAAAGCGCCCAACCUGUGUGAUAAUGAUCAAGCCACAUGAGGAGUACCAGGAGGCAUAUGAGGAGUGUUUGGAGGAGGUUGGGUCCCUUCCUGUCCCCCUGUGAAGGACCUGGGGAAUACCUGUGCUGGAGCUUCUGGCUGGCUGGGCCUGCGCUGCCCCAGCAACAUUCGCUGGCCUCCGAAGACUUUACAAAAUGAAACAUGAGCAACUUGCUGGGUGCUCAGUGUGGCGGGGAGGGGGCUGCAUGGACCCUGGGUUUAACUAAAAAAAAUUGUUCUGAAAUAAUUGAGUAGCAGCUGCUGAGGAUGGGGGCAGUUGGUGACUAACCUCCCCCUUGAAGGGGGGGGGAGAGCAGGCUUCCUGGACAGGCUAGCAUUCCUAUGGGGGAUGAGCCCAAGCCAUGAGCAGCAAGUCAGCCCUGUUCUGUUGUGGAUGAAAUAAAUGUAUUUGUACAGCUGUUUGCUGGGGUUGUUAGUAAAGUUGCUGUUGGAGGCA